AUGUUUGCUUCAAUUUCUGCUGCAAUUCACUUCCCAGGAAGAAGGAAAAUAGAAAAGGGAGGAAAACACCAGAAUGUAUAUAAGGGGGAGGGAAAACCAAAAAUUCUGCUGCAAAUCCUCCCAACCACCACUGGGAUAACGCGUCCGCGGCGACUCCUCCGGCGGGGACGGGAGGGGGCGAGGUCCCUGGAGCAGCCCCUCGGCUCGGAGCACGCCGAGUCGUGCCGGAGGCGGCUUUCCCUUUCUCCUCCCGAGGUCCUUCUGUUUAAGGCUUUGCAGGUAGUCCUGUUCCCAGCGGAUUCGGGUGGAAACGCUUCAUUUCUGUCCCCGCUCCUCCCGGGGCCUGGCUGGCGGCGCGGCCGCGGCUGGAGAGCGGGCUGCGGCGCACGGCUACUCGGCCGCCCGAGCCCGCUCCAUGUCGGGGCGCCGCUCGGCCGGCCUGGGCCGCGCGGGCGCAGCGCCCGGGCUCCCCACACCCGCACCGCGGCCGCCCGCCGCGGCUCCCGACGCCCUGGCGCGGGGGGCGCCUCUCGGACUCAAAGGACACGGGCGGCGGCGGCGGCGGCGGCGCGGGCUCCGGCGGCUCCUUCUCCCCCUUCUUCACACCCCCGGGCUAAGGGCAUCUUUCCCCGGCGCGGAGGGAGGCGGCCGCGGCGCAGGAGGAGGGGUCGUGCGGCGGCGAGGAGCCGGAGGCUGCGGCAGCCCGGCUUGCAGCCACUCCCUUCCUCUGCCUCCCCCUCCCGCGCCCGCCCCGUCCUCUCGCGCUCGCGCCCUGGGCUUCGCGAGCUCCUCAGCCCCGCCGCUCGCGGGCGGAGGCUCGCCGCCGAGGCCACAGCCAAUAUGGCGGCGCCCGCCCCCCGCGCGAGCGCGCGCGGGCGCGCGCCACCUCCUGCCCCCGCGCGAGCGGCCGGCCGAGCCGGCUCGGGUCCCGCGGCCGCGCGGAGCGGAGCCGAGGCCCUGAGGGGGCGCGGGCGGCAGCACGCCGCACGCCGCGCGGGGAGGGUGGGCCCCGCCUCGGCCGGCGGGGCUGCGGCGGCCGCAACGUGGAAUGCGGGGAUCCGGGAGGCCUGGCGGGCCGCGGCCGAGGAGGUGGGGCGGGCGGCGCGGGGCGCGGCUGGAAAGUGCGCCACCGCGGCGGCGCGGUCCCCGGGGCCCCGAGGACUCUGUCCGCAUCGCCGAACGGGGCUUCUUUCUCGUCCUCGGGGCCACCACCCGUGUGGCACGUUUGUUCAGGGCGCCCGGGGCAGACGGCUUUAG